UUCCAGGGCUGGUCGUUCAUUACAAGCUUGUGCUGAAGUAAUGUGGCCCCAAGUCUCCACCCUCCUGAGGUCGUCUUGCACACUCAGCCCAAAGACUUUGCACAGCCCGGAAGGAACGCGCCGCUACCCUCCGGUCACCAGGGGGCGCGUCUUCGCUAAGGCGCAUGCGCCUUCCUGGCUUCAGGAGGAGGCCUGCGCUCUUGCUGUGUCUUCCGCCUCAGUUGAGCUUCCGGCGCGAAGGUCACGGACAAGAUGGUUCCCCCAGUUCAGGUCUCUCCGCUCAUCAAGCUCUGCCGAUACUCAGCCCUGGUCAUCGGCAUGGCCUACGGCGCCAAGCGCUAUAGUUACCUAAAACCCCGGGCAGAGGAGGAGAGGAGGGUGGCAGCGGAGGAAAAGAAGAGACUAGAUGAGCUGAAACGGAUUGAGAGAGAACUGGCAGAAGCUCAAGAUGACAGCAUACUCAAGUGACGCGCCAGUGAGCUUGCCUUUUCUUUUAGUCGCUGAGGAUGAAUAAAGCUUUGUUGUGUGAUGCUC